CCUCGGAAAAGAGGAGGAGAAAGCAAGCGAGGAGGAGGAGAGGCCCAGAGCAAGGCUUGCAAAGCGCCGGGGCUCAUUGGGCUUGCAGGCGCCUCGCUGGCUACAAUUGCUCUCGCGUGGGAGGAAAUCCUUAGCCUUGCAUUGCACUGCGUUGGGUUUUUCAGCCACACUGUUCAGAUCAGAAAAUGUCAUCUGUGCUUGAAACCCUUUUUGAGCAUGUUGAUAAACACCAGGACCUGUAUGUUAAGCGGCUUUCAGACUGGGUAGCAAUCCAGAGUGUCUCAGCAUGGCCAGAGAAGAGAGGAGAAAUCCGACGAAUGAUGGAAGUGGCUGCCAAGGACAUUGCACGGCUGGGCGGUACCACGGAGCUGAUGGACAUUGGGAACCAGAAGUUGCCUGACGGUUCCAAGAUUCCUCUGCCUCCAAUAAUUCUGGGUAAACUUGGAUCAGAUCCUCGCAAGAAAACAGUUUGUGUCUAUGGCCAUUUGGACGUCCAACCUGCAGCGCUAGAAGAUGGCUGGGAUAGCGAACCCUUCACUUUGGUUGAAAGAGAUGGUAAGCUCUAUGGCCGAGGGUCUACAGAUGACAAAGGCCCAGUCCUUGCCUGGCUAAACGCCAUUGAAGCUUAUCAACAAACUAAUCAGGAAAUCCCAGUUAAUGUCAAGUUUUGCCUAGAAGGUAUGGAGGAGUCUGGCUCUGAAGGCCUAGAUGACUUGAUUUUUGCACAAAAGGAUGCUUUCUUCAAAGAUGUAGACUACGUUUGCAUCUCUGAUAAUUACUGGCUAGGGAAGAAGAAACCCUGCAUCACCUACGGUCUCAGGGGCAUCUGCUAUUACUUCAUAGAGGUGGAAUGCAGUGACAAGGACCUUCACUCUGGAGUGUAUGGUGGCUCAGUGCAUGAGGCUAUGACAGAUCUCAUUUCUUUGAUGGCAUCCUUAGUGGACAAGAAAGGAAAGAUCCUCAUUCCUGGCAUUUACAAUGCGGUGACUGCUGUCACAGACGACGAGCAUGAACUUUAUGACAGAAUUGACUUCGAUUUGGCAGAGUAUGCAAAGGAUGUUGGAGCAACACGGCUGCUGCAUGAGACAAAGAAAGAUAUCCUGAUGCAUAGGUGGCGAUACCCCUCCCUAUCACUUCACGGGAUAGAAGGUGCUUUCUCUGGAUCGGGUGCUAAAACGGUGAUUCCUCGGAAAGUGAUUGGAAAAUUUUCGAUCAGAUUGGUGCCAGACAUGACUCCAGAAACCGUAACCCAGCAGGUUCAGGAUUACUUGUCCAAAAAGUUUGCUGAGCUGCAGAGCCCCAAUAAAUUCAAAGUGUAUCUCGGCCAUGGUGGGAAGCCUUGGGUGUCAGAUUUCAACCAUCCCCACUAUAUGGCUGGCAGAAGAGCCAUGAAAACAGUAUUUGGUGUGGAGCCAGACUUGACAAGAGAAGGAGGGAGCAUCCCAGUUACCCUGACUUUCCAGGAAGCUACUGGCAAAAAUGUGAUGCUGCUGCCAGUUGGGUCUGCAGAUGAUGGAGCCCAUUCCCAGAAUGAGAAACUCAACAGGUACAACUACAUUCAAGGUGUCAAACUGUUGGGUGCAUACCUCCACGAAGUUGCUUUGUUGAAGCACUGAAUCCGAACCUUUUCUUUUGCAAAUGAAGUUGCUUUGGGACGUGGAAGUUCCUUGGAGUCCUUCCUUGCACCUUUUUAGAAGUGCACUAUUCUUGCUCCCUCUUCUGUCAGACAAAUUUACACUGAAAUGCUUGGCAAAAUACUUUUGAACUCAUUAAUGAGCACUUUAUGUGAACAGAUCCCUGAUUUUUUUUUAUUUUGAAAAGGAAAGUGUGCUCACUUGCAAGCACUGCUACAGUACUGUGACUCCCUAAUCUUUAAUUCAUUGCCAGUUAUUCCAGUUAGAAGGGAGUGAGAGAUGGGACAGAAGUCUAGUUUUUUUUUUUCAUAACCUGAUGUACGUGGUAGAAAAUGACAACCCAAAUCCCUUUCUUAUUCUCCUGUUUUUUGUUUAGCAAUCUUCCAUUUCUCACAUUGAACUGCACCAAGCCAGAAUCGGAGGCCAACGUGCACAUUUUUUGCUUGUGGGGAAACGCAAAUUCUUGCCACACGUUUGGAUAAGGCAACAAAAUCCUCUGGAAAAGUUUAAAAUGAACUGGAAGUAACUAGUAGUUAGGAUAGCCUAUGCCCUCCAUUUUCUCCUAUUAGACCUUGACAGACAAUUUGUUUUCUGACUUCAGGCUUCUUUCAUUUGUUUAACGACCUCCAGACACCAUGCUCAAUUGCAUAUCUUUGAUUCUUAAAAACAAAUUGAUAUUUUUUUUCUAACUGCUAUUUGUAUUUCAUAUGGAAAGCUGCUAAAUAAAUAUAACUCUGACUCAA